AUGAUGAUCCCUGCCAGGGCCUUUGGAAACCAGUCUGCUGUUCCUGUUUGGUUUAACAAGACGUGGCAGGCACUGUGGAACAAAAAUGAUCACAAUCAGGAUCAUGGCAUUUCAGCACAUGCAGAUUUGUCUUCGACAUAUUGGCACGGAGAUCCCAUCACAAGCUUCUCCUUUGGUCAUGGUGGCAUUCUGCAAGUGCUGUCGCAGAAAGGCGGCCCUGGUACUGCGAAGAUGUUGUAUCAGGAAGAUGGAGAUGUCUUGAUCAUGGCAGGAAAAUUCCAAGAGGAAUUUACGCAUGCAGUUCCUUCGCGAAAGACCUGGGCGAAUCUCUGCGCUAUGGCUGGGAGCGGUUUUGUUGCAAUGGAGGACUGGGAAAAGAAAGGUGUGGAGCGUGAAAUCGCUUUACAUGAGAGCAGAGAUGCUCAGCAGCAGAACUUGCGCUUCAAUUGCACACUGAGGUGGCAUCAUGCGCAUUGGCAGGGUUGCUGUGAGUAUGUGCGGCCUCCGGCGUCCAUGGCAGUUGGUGCAGUUGACUCGAAGCCGUCGGUGCUGAUUCAGGAGCCUGCAAAGGAGGACGCAGCUUUACUGCAGAAGUCUGAGAAGACAGUCCAGAUCCUGUGGGACUGCGGUGGAGGACAUGGAUGUGCAGCUGUCUCCGCAUAUGAAGCCUUGAAUGCGCUUGCUGUGGCAGCGCAGCAACGCAGGGAGAUCCUAUCUGGCUUUGGGUUUGAGAUGGGAUUUUGCGAUGACGUUGCUCGUGAAUCUACACACCACCGACGUGUGCUUUUCCAGUCGCAAUUCUUUGCAGAAGUGGCGGAAGAGAAAACGGUUGAGGUCAUGGUGUCUGUCGUGAAGGACGCAUUUUUGAAGUCUUUGCAGCACUUGCGGUGCUCGGAUGUUGACAAGCGGCACAUGGAUCGCACCGACGGCCAGUUGGUGAGUGAAAAUUCUGAUAUUUGGGGGAUGCGCUUGUACUUUUACUUCGUGCGGGUGUUACAGGUGAAACUUAAGGCUGGAGAUGCGCCGCUGAAAGUACAUCACCGCUUGACCGCUGAUGAACGAUCUCGGGCCUUGACAUUUCACAGACAAAAGCAUACCAAAUUUGUUCGGGACAUGAUUGCUGCUGGUUUACUCCCUUUGACGUCAGAUCAAGAUGCUCUAGAGAAAGCGGCAAAGUACGAGCAUGACUCCAAGGCAACACUACAAGCAAGGGAUGAGCAAUUGCGACUGAGAGAGAAAGUGCCCAUGAUCACACAAACGUUGCUUGACUCGCAGCGUGCUUGCAUGACAGCUGACGCCAUGCAAUCUCACCGGUCUUGUCCGGGUCGAUUGGGUGCAGCUGUUCAACCAGGAAUGGUCCUGCCAACUGAAGGGCGCACGCAAGAAGAAAAUACUGCGCCUGUGGCAAGCUGGCGACGCUUUGAGCAGCCUUCCGAUGCAAUGGCGAAAAAGGUUACAGAGUUCGAAAAGUCCAUUGGCGGUUUCAAGCUGGCGCAGGAGCAAUUGUGUGCUUGCACAUGGUUUGGCGAAGCCACGGACGUCGCUUUACAAGAGGAAGAAAACAAUGUACCACUUCGAAAUCGCAAGCAGCAAGUAUGUCUUUUGAUCGGUGCUGGGGGCACUGGAAAAACUACCAUUGUUUUGGAGCUCAUGCUCGAAGUCUUUUGUGAGUUGAUGGGGCACAUACCGAUCUUGCUGAUUGCAGGCGAUUUCUUGCAGAUCAAUCCCGCCAAUGAAAUUUCACUGGCAGAUGAUUUGGAAGAGCUAGUGCGCAAAGCACCGCACAGAGUGCAAUCAGAGCACUACGCUGCUCAAGCGGCGGUGAUGAGCAUUGAGACGGCCGCAGACCAGAGACAUGCCAGAAGGAAAAAGACUGCGGAUGCGCAGUUAACACAUCAGCUGCUCACUAUUCCCAAUCCUCACCGCACGGGCAAGCUGCAGGGCAUGUUGCUACUGCAUGAAAACAUGGUAGUGCGCCUGGCGGAUGUGCUAGCGCCGCACCUUGGACUGGUCAAGGAUAAGUUGGCUGUGGUUGUGAAAGUGGAUCUGCAUCAUGCUGAUCAACAACGUCUGGCCAACCUAGAGCCGGGUUUUCGUCAGUUCUUUCCAGAGUUCAUGGCGAAAGGUAUCUGGGUCAAGUUGCUGAAAGGACAAAAUUUGCCUAUGGAAGAAACAUUGUUGCAGAAAUGGGACGAAGAAUGCGCCGAUGUGACGGAGCAUGCAGCAGAUGCCAAAAGUUUGCUCUUCGUGGAACUGGUUCAUGCUGAAUUCAAAAUUGAUUUGAAGAUUGGAGAUGAAAAUGAGAAAAUCGAAGUGAUUCGUUGGCAGUUUCCGCUUUUGCAUGGCAUGUUGCGCACUGCGUACAGUGCUCAAGGCUUGACUUUGGAUGGAGGAGUGGUGCUGGACUUACGUCGUGCAGGUGGAUUGGAGGAUUCUCACUGGUGGCUCGCCGUUUAUGUCAUGCUGACACGUGGUAGGAAAUUGGAGAAUUGA